GCCACCGUUGGCAACUAAAACCAACAGUGCAAGUCUAGGCAUCAUUUUCACAAAAACCAGGCAGAUCGGCACCGAUAGUUCUGAUUUCGUUUCGUUUCCAAAGCCAAAACCCUAAAACCUAGAGAGAGAGAGAGAGAGAGAGGGAGAAUGGCGUUUAGAGGGAAGGAGAUGAUGAAGAACAUAGUGAAGAAAGUGGAAGAGAAAAAGCUGACACCAGGAAUGAAGGACUCUAUGAAGAAAUACGUACCAGAUUCCAAUAUCGUCAUGAAUCGGGCCAAGCGAGGCAUCUUCGCCGGCAAACACAUCCGCUUCGGCAAUCGCGUCAGCGAAGACGGUGGCAACAAGACAAGGAGGUCAUGGAAGCCGAAUGUGCAGGAAAAGCGUCUCUUCAGUUACGUCUUAGACCGGCAUAUUAGAGUCAAAGUCACCACCCACGCCCUCCGUUGCAUAGACAAGGCUGGUGGGAUUGAUGAGUACCUGCUGAAAACGCCUUACCAGAAGAUGGACACGGAGAUGGGUCUCUUUUGGAAGGCAAAAAUCGAAAAGCUGUACGAAGAGCUUGGGAAAACGGAGGUGCUCUUCUUCUCACCUGAGGAUGAAGCCAAGUUUGCUGAGGAAUUUGAAGAAAUGAAGCUAACUGAGAGGGUAGCUCGCAGUGAAGCGAGGAGACAAAUGUAUGGUUUGUGGUAUAAACAGAAGCAGGUUGAGGAAGAAGGUGCAGACGGUGAAACUGACGAGAAAGCACCGAGGACUAAUGUGUCUCCGGAGCAGGGAGCUGUAAUUUAUAAUUUCUAAGUCCCAAGAUCAUUAGAAUUACUGUCAGUGAUUUUUUUUUUUUUUCGUUGGUGUUGUUUAGGAGAAAUUAUUUUGAAGGCAACAAUAUCAGAAAAUAGAAACAAAGUUAUUGAGACUGGUGAAUAAUCCAAUGUAAUUCGAAUUUUUGUGGUCACUAGAAGGAUUAAUAACCAUGAUUCAGAGUCAUUUUCGUUUUACGUGUGUUUUUUGU